CGUUGCCUUAAAUCACACUUCAAAUAUGUCGGCACCUUUGGAAAAUCUUGAAACCCAAUUGGAAAUGUUUAUUGAAAAUGUGCGACAAAUACGCAUUAUUGUGUCCGAUUUUCAGCCCCAAGGCCAAAAUGUUCUCAAUCAAAAGAUUCAAGGCCUGGUCAGUGGUCUGCAGGAGAUAAACAAAUUGAAGAAUCAGGUGCAAGAUAUCUAUGUACCCUUUGAGGUCUUUGAUUACAUUGAUCAGGAUAAGAAUCCACAAUUGUACACCAAGGAUUGUGUUGAAAAGGCAUUGGCCAAAAACGAAGAGGUCAAAGGUAAAAUUGAUGCCUAUCGCAAAUUCAAGUCCAAUAUGCUGGCGGAACUAUUCAAGACAUUUCCCAAUGAGAUGAACAUGUAUCGUGCAUAUCGUCCGGAUUCGGUGUAAUUGUAUGAAGU